AUGGCACCUGCUAGCAGUAAAGUAGUUGAAGUGAACACAACCGAUAAGCUCAAGAAGUUCUUUGAGGACAAAGACUGGAAGUUUUAUUGCGCUGUUGCAGCCGGUUUGACCCUUGCAGGUGCAAGUGCCUAUUAUAUCGCUGGUGGUAACAGUAAAAAGGGAAAGAAGAAGCCCGAAGGCACCAAGAAAGAAGUUGUUCCUAAAAAGCCUGUUGAGACCACAACCGAGACCCCUGUUGAACCUACAGAAACAACCACUGUUGUGCCUGACUAUGCUACUUUGACAGAAGUUGAAAUUGCUGCCUUGACUGACGAGCAACGUGCCGAUGCCGCUCAAUCCCUCAAAGGAAAGGGUAAUGCCAAGUUCAGUGCCAAAAGUUAUGAAGAGGCUGCCGAAUUAUACACUUUAGCACUUCAAUACAAGGCCGAUCCCAUCUUUUAUUCCAACCGUGCUGCAUGUUUUGCCAAUUUGGGUCACAACGAUCGUGUCAUUGAGGAUUGUAAUGAAGCUCUCAAGUUGGAUCCCGUGUAUGUGAAGGCAUUGAACAGACGUGCUCAUGCUUUGGAAAAGAAGGGUGAUUUAGAAAACUCCCUUUAUGAUUUCACUUGUGUGUGUAUUCUUGAUGCUUUCAAGAAUGAUGCCGCCAGUAAGGCUAUGGAACGUGUUUUAAAGCUUGUUUCCGAGAACAGAGCAAAGGAAAUUAUGAAGACAAAGAAGCCUCGUUUGCCUUCUCCUACUUUUGUCAAUGCUUACCUUGACUCAUUCAGACCUGUUGUUCAAGAUUUGUCUGGUAUCCCCGAUGAGGAAACCGGUGAUGCCUAUUAUGCCAAGGCAUAUCGCUUCAUUGCCGAAAAGAAGUAUAGUGAGGCAUUGGAGGCUUGUGAAAAGGCUGUUGAAUUGGGCUGCUCUCGUGCUUACCAAGCUUAUGCCUUAAACUUGAUGGGUACUUUUGCUUUCUUGAAGGGUAACACUGCCGAAGCUUUAGAUUAUUUCAACAAGGCCAUUGAAGCUGAUCCUAAGUAUGUUCAAAGUUAUAUCAAGCGUUCUAGUAUUUAUAUGGAAAGAGGCGAUGUUGAGACUACUUAUAAGCAAUUUGAAGAUGCCGUUGCCAUCAACCCCAGCGAUCCCGACAUUUACUAUCACCGUGGCCAAGUCAACUACAUCAGUGGAAACUAUGAUGCAGCAGCCAAGGAUUAUACCGAGAGUAUUAAGUUGGACGACUCAUUUGUAUAUGCCCAUAUUCAAUUAGGUGUUGUUCAAUACAAGUUGGGAUCUAUCUCUUCCUCCAUGUCUACUUUCAACAACACAUUAAAGAAAUUCGCCAACAGCACUGAUGUGCAUAAUUAUUACGGUGAGCUUUUGGUGGAUCAACAAAAAUUGCCCGAGGCCAUCGAGAUGUUUGGUAAGGCCAUGCAAUUGGAUCCCAAGAAUCCUUUGCCUUAUAUCAACAAGGCCAUGUUGAUGUACCAAGUUUUGGGUAACACAGAAGAAGCUACACAAUUAUGUGAAAGUGCUUUAGAGGUCGAUCCUGCUUGUGAUGCCGCUGUUGCUUCGCUCGCUCAAAUUUUGCUUGAACAAGGUAAACCCGAGGAGGCACUUAAAUACUAUGAAAUGGCCAUCAAUUUAGCAAGAACCGAAGCUGAGCUUGAGCAUGCUAUUUCUUAUGUCGAGGCAACAAAGACCCAAACUCGUUUUGCCAAGGAUUUCCCUGAUGCUGCUGCCAAGUUGAAGGCCUUGAGAGGUUAG